AUGGUUUUCAGGACCAAACAGUUCCUCUUACCCAGCAGCCCGCCAAUGGCUGGGAACAGGUGCUGGGCAAUGCGUCACAGGUGUGCCGGCCACACCCUCAGGGAAGGAGAAGACAGAGUGUUCACGCCAGAGGACCUGCAGCCAAAUGCCCCUGGGGUCUUGUCGUGCCCAGCCCAGGAGGACGAGGUCUGUGUGUCCUGCAUCUCCGGGCCUCUUCAGCAUGUUGUUUGGGACCACCUGCUCAGCAGGCUACGACUGUGCCAGCACUGCUUCACCUCCGCCUUCUCUCUCACCAUUAACAUGCUGUGGCCAUGCGGAGGAAGCCACAGCAGAGCCACUCUUGACCAGUUGGGUGCUGCCACCCACUCACCCCACGGGGCCCAUCAGCUCCACUGGCCCUGUGUUUCCAGGUCUCUGACACCAGUUUCAAGUCCUGCCAGCCUGAUCGUUCUUAUUCCUGAGUCCCCUUCCCUCCUUUUAAGCACUGAACGAAUCCCAAAGCUGAGCCCCUGCCCAGAACCCUGGGGUCUGUCCUUUGCAGCUCUGAGGGCCACACGGGACUGCACACAGGGAAACAAAAACAAGGCCUUCUACAUUUCUCAGGUCCUUGAGUGUUUCUCUCUGCUCCCUGCCCUCUGGAGGCCAGCCCCGGGGUACAGAGGGGUUGCACAGGCCAGAGACCGCAUCCCGGAUUCCAGACCCACGCGGCUGGCACGGGCUCCGCAAAUUCUGCCAAACUAUGCGAAGCAUUCUUAGGUCCAGCUUCUUCUGAGAAAUCUCAAAAUGGAGAGGGCAAAGGCAAAGAGAGUGAGUUUCCCAGGAAGCCCCAAAGCCCUGGCUUCCGCCCAAACUGGUUUGCGGCCCUGGGAGUCCGUGCUGGGGACGGAGAACGACGUGGCACUCCCUCUAGCGGCAAACGGCUCGCACAGAGCCCGGCAUCUCUGUGGCCGGAGCCUCGCCUGCCGCGCGCUCUCCUGCCAGGGCCACGCAGCCUGCCCUCCUCUGCCGGGGAGAGGAGACUGCUCAGCAACUCCCCUGUGCCCAUGCAAGAGAGGCUGUCGG